AUGCCUCACGACUCCCCAACCCUCUACCUGAUCCGCCACGGCGAGAAGCCCCCAAAAGAGGAUGACGGGGACGACAGCCCGGGACUCUCUGCGCAGGGGAUCGACCGCGCCGAGGGUCUCGUCCAGGUGUUUGGGCGGAGCAGCAAGUAUGACAUCGGGUACGUGAUCGCGCAGAGGCCCAAGUCAGACAACAGACAAACCCGCCCUUUCCUGACCGUGCAACCGCUCGUCAAAUCUCUCCAGGAAUACAACGUGGCGUUUAACUCCCUGAUCGACCGGGACCACGUCGACAAGGUCGCCGAGGCCGUGCACGACUACACCAAAGGCAAGGGCAAGUACGUCGGCGAGGGCAACGUCCUGAUCUGCUGGGAACACGACGCGCUGGAGAAGAUCGCAAAGGCGCUCGGCGUCGAGGACGUGCCCGAGUAUCCCGGGAACAGAUUCGAUCUCAUCUGGACAAUCAAGCCCCCUUACAACAAGAUUGAUAGCAUCACGUCGGAAAAUGUCCCGGGCCUGGAUGAUCACUCGGCAACCCCGGCAUGA